GAUGCACUCGAUAUCUCGGCUGAAGCUGCCUGGCGCUAGAACCAGGAAGGCGCUGAGCUUAAACUGAAGCAAGUUCGGUGUACGCCGGCGGCGCCCUGAUCUAAAGAAACGUCUCGGUGGUCUGCGGAGCUUGCACGGCAGCGGAAGGUGUGAGCCCAAAGAAAUGGGACGUCGGUCAUCAGAUACUGAAGAGGAAAGCAGAAGCAAGAGAAAAAAGAAACACCGUAGACGGUCCUCCUCGAGCAGUUCUUCAGAUAGUAGAACAUACAGCCGAAAGAAAGGAGGAAGGAAAUCAAGAUCAAAGUCAAGAUCCUGGUCCAGAGAUCUUCAGCCUCGUUCACAUUCUUAUGAUAGAAGACGCAGGCAUCGAUCAAGCAGUAGCUCUUCUUAUGGCUCCAGAAGGAAACGAAGUCGAAGUCGUUCAAGGGGUCGAGGGAAAUCCUAUAGAGCCCAGAGGUCUAGGUCGAAAAGCAGAACAAGAAGGUCCAGGUCAAGACCUCGUCUCCGUUCUCACAGUCGUAGCAGUGAAAGGUCCAGUCACAGAAGAACACGUAGUCGGUCUCGGGAUAGAGAACGACGUAAAGGCAGAGAUAAAGAGAAAAGAGAAAAGGAGAAGGACAAAGGGAAGGACAAGGAAUUACAUAACAUCAAACGUGGGGAAUCUGGAAACAUCAAAGCUGGAUUAGAACAUCUGCCACCAGCUGAACAGGCCAAAGCCAGACUACAGCUGGUUCUUGAAGCUGCUGCAAAAGCUGAUGAAGCAUUGAAAGCCAAAGAAAGAAAUGAGGAAGAAGCAAAGAGAAGAAAGGAGGAAGACCAACCCACCCUGGUAGAACAAGUAAAAAGAGUGAAAGAAAUUGAAGCUAUUGAAAGUGAUUCUUUUGUUCAGCAGACAUUCAGAUCAAGUAAAGAAGUCAAAAAGUCAGUGGAACCUAGUGAAGUGAAACAGGCAACUUCAACAUCAGGACCAGCAUCAGCAGUUGCCGAUCCACCCAGUACUGAAAAAGAGAUAGAUCCCAGCAGCAUCCCUACUGCUAUCAAGUACCAAGAUGACAAUUCCCUGGCCCAUCCAAAUUUAUUUAUCGAGAAAGCUGAUGCUGAGGAAAAAUGGUUCAAGAGGUUAAUUGCUCUCCGACAAGAAAGACUAAUGGGCAGUCCUGUGGCCUAAGUAAUAUACAUAUAGUUAGAUUGGAUUGUCAGCAAUAACAUUGGAAAUUGAGGUUUUUAAAUCCCAAUAUUAACUUUUUACUCUUAAAAGGAUUUUUCUGAUUAUAUAUAAAGGUAGUCUCAUUUCAUUUGUCUCUCAUGUAGGCUUGAAUAUUUGUUGAUUUGAAUUAAAUCAAACAUUGUGAAAAUUAAAACAUAAAAUUUAAGAUUGCAUGAAAAUGUUAUACUGUUAAUAAAGCUAAUCAUAAAUAAGUCUGUUAAAA